UGGGAACGCGUGCCAGAAAAGUUUUUAUUCUCUGAGUUGGCCCAAACUCGCCUCUGUGUUUUGGAUAAAGCAAAAACAAAUGGCCAUUCGAGAGAGACGCUGAGUUGGUAACUGGCUUAACAAAGUACCCCGAAAGCCGCAAAAUUCACCAAUGACAUGAACUUGCCAGUUCAUAGUCAAUUUCAUCUUCACCUGAACUGUCAAAUUUUGUUUCAUUUUCUUUCUCUCUCUCUCUCUCUGAGAAUAGCAUCCAAUUCAGACACAAACAACCGGCAAAAAUUUACAGAGAAACGCCAUAAUUAAAACCUCCUAUCGGUUUUAGAAAACCCAUCAAGGAAUAGGACUUACAUUUCUUUGUUUUGAUCCCAAUCCAAUUUCAAUUUCACCAACAGGGUUUUUGGGUUGUUUUGCAUUUUCCUUGUGCAAUGUGCUUGCUGAUUUCAACGGCUGCCACGGCAGAGUCAGCUGGGGAAAAGAAGAGGGUGGUGGUGAUUGGAGGUGGUGUUGCUGGCUCUGUUGUUGCCAAGUCUCUCCAGUUCUGCGCUGAUGUUGUUCUCAUUGAUGAGAAGGAGUAUUUUGAGAUCCCAUGGGGAAGCUUGAGGGCAAUGGUGGAGCCAUCAUUUGCUGAAAGAUCAGUGAUUAAUCACUCCGAUUAUCUUCCCAAUGUGAGGAUUGUUGCAUCUACUGCAGCUAACAUCACAGAGCGUGAAGUGUUGACUACAGAUGGCCAUUUGCUUGUAUAUGAAUAUCUUGUUAUUGCCACUGGUCAUAAGGAAGCUCUUCCCAAAACCAGAGCUGAGAGGCUCAGUCAUUAUGAGGCAGAAUUUGUUAAGAUAAAUUCUGCUAAAUCAGUUUUGAUUGUUGGAGGGGGCCCCACGGGAGUUGAACUUGCUGGUGAAAUUGCUACGGAUUUUCCAGAAAAGAAGGUGAUACUGGUGCACAGGGGGUCAAGGCUGCUAGAAUUCAUUGGUUUGAAGGCGUCCCAAAAGGCACUUGAUUGGUUCAUAUCAAAAAAAGUUGAAGUUAUUUUGGAUGAAACCAUUAAUUUGAACACAAUAUCUGAUCCUAUUAUUCAAACACCUUCUGGAGAAAUUAUCACAGCUGAUUGUCACUUUGUGUGCACGGGUAAACCAACAGGUUCAUCAUGGCUUAGGGGGACUAUUGUGCAGAAUAAUUUGGAUAUGCAAGGAAGACUAAUGGUUGAUGAAAACUUGAGGGUUAGGGGUCAUAAAAAUAUCUUCGCAGUAGGAGAUAUAACCAAUAUUAAGGAGAUCAAACAAGGCUAUUUAGCACAAAGACAUGCUGAAGUGACUGCCAAGAACCUUAAGCUGUUGCUGAUGGGAGGAAAUGAAAGCAAGAUGGCUACUUACAAGCCCGGUUUAGACAUUGCACUUGUGUCACUCGGGAGGAACGAGGGAGUUGCGCAAUUCCCAUUAUUGACAAUUAGCGGUUGCAUCCCUGGCAUGAUCAAAUCUGGAGACUUAUAUGUGGGAAAGACAAGGAAACAUCUUGGGCUAAAACCUUGACAGACAAAGAAGGUUAUUCAUUAUCAAUAGUCUUCUCCAGUCAUUUCACUAUAUCAAUGUCUUGCAUGUCUGUUGAGAGCCAAGGUGUGCCGUGGUAGGUUAGCAAAGAUUGGCCACUUGGUUCUUCGCAAACAAGAGUGUUGUUCUUCCUUUCCCCAGCCUUAAUAUUUGCUUUCAGGACUUGCUUCUCUGUCUUAUGCGGGUUGAAGUGUGUUUCUUGCAGUUUUCAGGGGCUUGUCAAUUUGCUAGUUGAUCAUAUGUCCUGUGCAACUAAAUCAUUGCAAUGGAAAGUGUACAUUAUUGAUGUUUAUUCUGACUUUUGUUGUCAUUGAACCAGAUAUAGUCCCAUUUCAUGUCGAUAUAUUCGAAUUCCUACAAUCUAUUUGGUUCCAGUUUCAUCUUCAAGAAUUGGAUUGGAGUUUCUAAGGUAACCAUAAAGUUAUGAUAUCUAAUUCCUUUCUUUACAAUUGGGAUUUUAAUGGGAAUAAGAUCUAGGUGGUUAAAGGCUUUGAUGAUUUUGACUUUUCCAUUUUCUUUAAAGAUUGGUGCUUUAGGAGACUAGCAUUUUAGAGAUGAAGUUUGCAACUUUGCUUCCUCCUCAUGGCUAAACCAAUCUAGCUUUAUGUCAGUUUUGGGCUCUGGCUUUGUGCCAGUUGUAGAUUUUAUGCCUGUUUGAGUUUUAUAUCUAGUGGGCUUUUACUGUCGCAUUUGUUUGUACUCAUUUUUAUGAGUUCCACUAUCUUGUAAUUGGCAAUGCCUUUAUAUCAAGGAAACUUGAUUCC